AUGCGCUUUUUCAAAGCCAAAGCUGCCAAAGAGGCUGAUGUGCCUGGCGGCGCCCCGGUAGAAAAUGUCCAAACUAUUCUGCCUGAGAUUAACACAUCAGCUUCCGACACCAAUGUUCAUUCCCCAAACCUAGUUGAGAACUCGAAUCCCUCCAGCGAAAAACAUAGCACUCUAUUCGAUGAGCCUUCGAGAGACUCAACUGCCGAUGAUGAACGGGAGAAAGAGAUUGCGAUCAGUAAUCCUUCUUCUUCUUCUUCUUCUUCUUCUCCUUCUUCGCCUAACCUGGCACUGACCGACCCCAACAAAGAGUCUGUUGGCAAGGAAGUUUCGUGUCAAGAGACUACACAAGAAGAGAAAAAGGAGGAUGGUGAUAAUGAAUCUGUGGAAAAUGAAGACGACUAUCCAGAAGGUUGGAAACUGUUUUUGAUUACCAUUGCACUUUGUCUUUGCGUGUUCUGCUUAGCAUUGGACAACACGAUCAUCGCAACUGCAAUCCCUAGAAUCACCGAUCAAUUUAACUCCCUCGAAGAUGUCGGUUGGUACGGUAGCUCGUAUCUACUAACCACAUGCGCGGUGACCCUGAUGUUCGGCAAACUGUACACUUUCUACUCGAUCAAGUGGAUCUAUCUGAUGGCACUGUUCGUCUUCGAGAUUGGUUCACUUGUUUGCGCCACCACGCCUAGCUCCGUUGGACUCAUCUGUGGUCGGGCCGUUGCCGGACUCGGAGCCGCUGGCCUUUUCACCGGUUCCAUUCUCAUCAUCAGCAAGAGUGUGCCCCUAGUCAAGCGACCGAUGUAUACUAGUCUGGUGGGAUCCAUGUUCGGCAUUGCCAAUGUAGCUGGUCCACUUAUGGGCGGUGCAUUCACCGACCACCUCACCUGGCGCUGGUGCUUUUAUAUCAACCUACCGAUUGGAGGUGUCACUUUCCUCUUCAUCCUGUUCUUCUUCCAGAGCCCGAAGGCCAUAUUGAACACCAACACCGCCAAGGAACAGAUUAAGGAGUUGGACUUGGUUGGAUCCCUUUUCUUCCUGCCUGCUGUCAUCAGUUUGCUGCUCGCUCUCCAGUGGGGUGGCACCAAAUAUGCUUGGGGCAGUGGACGUAUUAUUGGGCUGUUUGUGGUCUUUGGUGUGCUUAUUCUUGUGUUCUGCGCCAGUCAAUGGUACGCUCAGGACAAGGCUACCAUCCCACCCCGGCUCAUCAAGAACCGCAGUGUUUGGGGCUCCGCUUGGUACUCACUUUGUCUUGGUGCUGCUUUCUUCGUCCUAACUUACUAUCUUCCCAUCUGGUUCCAAUCUAUCAAGGGCGCUUCGGCAACAAAAUCAGGUCUCAUGAAUCUUCCCAUGAUCAUUACUGUCGUGCUCUGCUCCAUCCUCGCUGGUGUACUUGUUACCAUCUGUGGCUAUUACACGCCCUUCAUGCUCGCCUCAUCAAUCAUCAUGACCAUCGGGGCCGGCCUCUUAACAACUCUCGAGACAGACUCAAACCACUCGAAAUGGAUUGGCUACCAGGCGCUCUUCGGUAUUGGUCUAGGUCUUGGUAUGCAGCAGCCAAUGAUCGUCACCCAGACUGCUCUCAAGGUCGAAGACGUUCCGAGCGGCACUGCCAUCGUGCUGUUUGCUCAGACCUUGGGCGGUGCUAUCUUCAUCUCCGUUGGACAGAAUGUGUUCCAGAACCAGCUUCUCAGGAACCUCGCUGAAUAUGCCCCUGAUCAGAAUCCUGCAAAGAUCAUAUCUGCUGGUGCUACUAUGCUGCGCUCCGUUGUAACUGGAGAAGACCUGCACAAUGUCUUGACUGCUUAUAAUGCUGCUGUUACCCAGACCUUCUAUGUUUCCGUUGCUGUUGGUGCGUUGUCCCUUAUCGGUCCGAUCUUUGUCGAGUGGAUCUCUGUCAAGGGCAAGAAGAUUGAGAUGACCCCUGCUUAA